AUGGUACUCAACGGCUUCAUCCAAUACGUGAAAUCCUUGACGUUGGCCAAUCAUGCACCGAUUCCUGACGAUUGGUUUGAAGAAUUUUACCAGAACGUCCACAAAUGCAGGAUUCUUCGAAGCGUUGUGCAGAGCAAUUAUAACACUUUAUGUUCUGGCAAUGAAAAACUAACAGAUUCCAUGCUGCCUAAUGAUCCGUUCGUAUUCCACAUGAUUCUGGCCGUCGAUAUGAUUGCCUUGGGUUUGAACAAUAUUAAAAAGUGCCGAAAGGAAAACGCUCUGAGCGUCGCUUCCUGCCUUGCCUUACAGCGCGAUCGCAACCGGCUCAUCUACGACAGCAUAUUGAGUUCCCAAUGGAGCCAGUUGCAUCAAAAUGGGUCCGGAAUCUCAGAUGAUUUCACUUUCCGAUUUACACCGUCCGGCUACGGCGACAUCGGUUACGACAUUCUAAAUUACAGAUACAAUCUCGGCACUAACAAAUAUGAAUACAAGAAGAUUGGCUCGUGGGUAAACAAACUCUCGUUGAAACUGACCCAAUAUCGGCGUAUCAGCACCAGUAAUGAUUUUGUUCUACCUCGUUCUCGGUGUAUUACUGGAAGUACCUGCAAUUGUCUGGAUAGCAAAGGAAAAACAGUCCAGUAUAAAAAAUCAGGACAAACGGCCUCUUUGGUGUCAGGCAACCGAGAAAUCCUCAUCGACCCCAACACAGGAGCCGUGAUUGACUUGUCAAACCGUCCAAGUGCCUAUUAUCGCUUCUCGGAAAUCUGGGGGACGAUUGUGACUACCCUGGCCGCCCUGGGCGCCUUUUUUGGCGUGUGUCUCUUUUGCUAUUUCCUUAUUUUCUUCCCCUUCCGAGGCAGUACAACCAUCCUCGGCUUUACGCUUCUGGUAGCGAUCAUAUGCCUCUAUCUGAUGGCCACUGCGUUCGUGGCCCACGCGACACCUAUCGUCUGCGCCAUUCGUCGUUUCUUCCUCGGCUUCUUCUACGCACUUGCCUAUUCCGCGCUCCUAAUCAAACUGCUUGACGCCUAUCGCAACAAGAAGAAAGAAGAGCUCGUUUACAAGAAACUGGGCAGUCCGUGCGGGUUGCUUAUGUGCUGUUUGUUACUGGUCGCCGUCCAGUGUAUCAUCAACAUCGAAUGGUUGAUUCUUGUUCCACCUGAGGUGGUCCGCGUGCCCUUCGAAGGCGUCAUGUGGCCCCGUUGCUCCCCCGAGAGCACAUCGGACGAGGCACUAGUGAUGUCAUUAAUAUUCAUCAUGUGCAUUCUGUUUCUCUGUGUGGUUUUUGGUUUGUGCACUUGGAGUAGUAAAAUCAACUGUUACGAAGCCAGGUGGGUUCUAGGAAUGGCCAUACUCAGCAUAUUAGUUUGGAUUGUGUGGUGUCUGGUCUCCAUUGUUGGCAACUAUAAAGUCCGGGACAUGGCCGUAGCUAUUGGCCUUUUGAUGAAUGCGUCCAUUCUACUGGUGCUUGGGCCGGUCCGAAGACUCCGGUUACUUAAGGAAUACAAGCAACAAGUAAAGGGGGAAAAAGACGAAUAUUAUUUGUACGAUAACGAUUUAAAUUCCAGCGUCGACUACAGCCAUGGAUACAAUGCAGCACCUCAUGUUAUUUUUUUUUAUUAUCUUAUCACCUUUUCUUUUUCAAAGAUGUCAGUCGCCAUUUCCAGAUGUCAAAUCUUAUACCAGAUGUUACAACUUUCACCGGCUUUCCCACUUCCUUCAAAUGCCCGCCAUCUCUUGACAAGUAUGCUGUUAAAAUUUACCAUUGUUUCCUGA